UGAAAUACUGUGGGUACCUGAAAAACUCAACUAAGCCCUUCAGUUCAAACUGGAACAGCAAGUAUCCCAAGCUGAUGAAACUUGGAAGAGACAUCACCCUGUGGGGGCUGGAGCUGGGGCUGCUGUCCAUGGCCAAGGGAGAGCUUGCGUGGUUCAUCUUUGUGCCGAAAUACGCCUAUGGCCAAAUGGGCUGUCCCCCCUGCAUCCCCCCAAACACCACUGUGCUCUUCCUGGUGUUGCUGCUGGACUUCAUAGACUCAAAGGAAUCUGACGCCUUCCUUGAGCUAACCAAUGAGCAGCGGGAUACAUUUCCACUACAGAAGGUGUUGAAAGUGGCAACCGUGGAGAGAGAGUUUGGCAACUACUUCUUUAAUAUGCAGCACUUUAGGAUUGCCAAAGACAGAUACAAAAAGGCACUAUCCAUCCUGGAUCGCAGCCCUAGCAGUGAAGCAGAGCUGAAGCAGAUCAAUACUUCCAAGGUGCUGCUGCUCCUCAAUCUGUCCCUCACUUACCUCAGACUGGAACGUCCUGACCAAGCUUUGAAAUAUGGGGAACGGGCCUUGGAGCUGGACCAGGGAAAUGCCAAAGCACUGUUCAGAUGUGGCCAGGCUAGUCUCUGCCUGGGGGAAUACAGCAAAUCCUGGGAUUUCCUGAUCAGAGCUCAGAAGAUCCAACCCCUUGACAAGAAUAUUAACAAGGAGCUGGAGAAGUUGGCACGCUGCCAUAAGGCAUACGAGGAAAAGGAGAAAGAAAUGUGGCGCCGAGUGUUUUGCUCUCAGUUCUGA